CUAAAAACCUGCCUGGCAUGCCACUGCACAAUUUUGUUGAAUUAAUGGCCAAUUCGCUGACGGAUUAACUUCUACAGCCUCAGCAUCAUACCUGGAUAUAUUAUGGAGACUUUUAACCUCAGUAUUUUAUUGAUGCUGUGUUUGGGAAGGAACUGUGAUACUGCAAAUAUUUCGCAGCGACAAAAGAGGAACUGGAUCAUUGAUUCCUUUACUAUUGAUGAAGGCUAUGAAGGACCUUUUCCAUAUUCCUUGGGCAAAGUAAAAGUGGAUAGAAAAUCGGUACUUUUUAGGAUACAUGGAGAGGGUGUUGAUAUGGAACCAAGAGACAUAAUAGAAAUCGAUGAAAACACUGGAGAGAUUACAGUGCAUGGCCCUGUGGACUUUGAAAGAUUCAAGUCCAUUAAGCCGAUAUUCCAGGCAAUCGACAGGAUCAACAAUUUAGUGUACACACAACUGGGAAUCCACAUUCAGAUUAUUGAUGCAAAUGACCACUCACCAGAGUUUGAACACGAAAUGUACGAGAUCACUGUAAAGGAGUCGACGUCACAAGGUACUCGAUUGAUUGCUGUUCAGGCAGAAGAUGCUGACACCGAUCAAAAUAAAAAAUUUGAUUUACGAAUACUCUCAGUCACGCCCAGACCCCAUGACCUGGAGUUCUACCUUCAGACACCUGAUGCUCAAACUGGAACCAUUUCCUUUAAAGGGUGUCUGGAUUAUGAAAAAGCAAAGAAAUACACCAUUUUGGUGGAAGCCAAAGACCAUGGAAAACCAAUCCAGCUCUCCAGCUCAUGCACCGUCAUAGUCAAUAUCGAAGAUGAAAACAAUCACCUUCCUGUCAUCACAGGACACACUGGUUCGGGAAAAGUGAAAGAAGGACUGAAAAAUGUUCUUAUUUUACGUCUUCAAGUCACUGACAAAGAUAGAAGAGGUACAGCAGCAUGGAGGGUGAAGUUUAGGCUCCACGGGGAAGCAAACAAAAGCUUCAGAAUCAUGACUGAUUCAAACACAAAUGAAGGGUUACUCUAUGUUGAAAAGCCUCUGGAUUAUGAGACGAGUUCUCUGCAGACUCUGACCAUCACAGCACACAAUGAGAUUCCAUUUUUCUCAUGUGCUGUGGUGAGACGGAGUACCACUAGUCUUUGGACAUUGAAGACUCAGAGAGGUGCCAUGACAUCUGGUCAGUCCACAUACGGUGCAAAUGUGAUAGUAGAAGAUGUCAAUGAACCGCCCAUUUUUGAUGAACCCCACAAGCAAGUUGCAAUCGGUGAGAAUAUCGCUGCGGGACAGUAUCUGGAGAAAUUCACAGCGAGAGAUCCUGAUUUCAAGAAGGCCAACUCAUUUGUAUAUAUGAAAGGGGAAGAUCCAGCUGACUGGGUUACAGUGGACCCUCUGACAGGAGCCAUCACCACAUCCAAAAUUCUAGACAGAGAAUCACUCUACGUGAAGGACAAUAUCUACAAAGCCACAGUAUGCGCUGUUGACGACGGUGUACCUCCAAUGACAGGCACUGCAACGCUCAACAUCAUUAUAAGUGAUGACAAUGAUAAUGCUCCAACCCUGGCUGAGAACCAUAUCGACAUGUGCCAAUCUGACGGUCCCGCUCAAGCCAGUAUAACAGCUUUGGACCAUGAUGAAGACCCACACGGUGGCCCAUUCCACUUUAGACUACAUGGAGAUAUUACGGGCAGGUGGAAGAUUGACCCGAAUAAAGGAUUUUCAGUACAUCUCGUGAAAGAGAACAUUGUUCCUUCCGGAUUAUAUGUGGUCCUCUUGGAAGUGUCAGACCUUCAGGGCAACGCUGCUGUUCACAACAUCUCAGUUACUGUGUGUACCUGCUUACUAAAGGGAAAGCCAAAUUGUCGCUCGGGUAAAGCUUCGAGCCCCACAGUAGGAAAAACAGUUGGGAUUAUUUCUUCUUGCUUAGUACCACUCACAGGUAUUCCAUUAACGGCAUUUCUGAGGUCUCGUAAGAAGAAAAGAGAAAAGAGAGACACCUCGGAAGGUUUGGAUAUACCAGACAGUUCUGGACAUCUAAUGCGGUCUAACGCGGAGAACCUCGGACAUGAUUGUGAAGUGCCUCUUGAACCAUUCACUGAAGAAGAACACACCAGAGAACCACUGAAAGCAAUUUCGCCAAUAGCGAGACAACAGAAUUGGGUAGGACAGAAACCAAGCAGACCCUUCUCAACCGAUUUGUCCUACUUUAUAGAUGAGAUGCUGAACUCUCUCCAAACAAAAGAGGAUCUGGUUGAUGACGUACCUCGUGUGUAUGCUGAAGAGGGAGACCUGUACAAUACCUCUGACCUUGAUGCAGUUUCUGUCCCUGAAAUUCCCUUUGAGCCAGACUGGGAUCUAGAUUUCACAAUCCCAUCCCCGACCUCACUUCAAAUGCCGGAUACAAGCACGACAUAUAACAUAACUACAUCUCAUGAAAUGCAUAACCUUCAAAACAAUACAGUGUUCCCAGUUGUAGGCAAUAUACUGAAAAUAGACAAGAACAAGAAGUAUAGGAGAAAUCCAUUAUAUCUGUAAUUUUUGACAGGAUAGGGCAGGGUUCGGCAACCCAAAAUGUUCAAAGAGCCAUAUUGGCCCAAAAAUACAAAAUAUAUACCUGUCUGGAGCCGCAAAAAUCUAAAAGACUUUUAUAAUGCAACAUAGACUGUCAAUACAUAAGUUGCAUGCCUACUAUUAAAAUAAUAAAAAAAUAAAAU